AUGGAUCUCAGCCUUACCCCAGACAAAAACAGUGCCUAUCCUCGCUUUUCGGCCCACUCCAGGAGUUUAUUGGCACUUCUUUUCUCCAACCCUCGGGAACGGAAACGAAAGCUACGUAAGAUUACUAGUACGACUGCAGAUGUGAAGGAGCGUAGUCCAGUUGCGAAAGGGAACAAUGCCCCCUGGUCUCAGCCCUCAUCGCCAAAGCAAUCUGCUUUAGAUUCAAAAGUGGCAGCCUGGGAUGCCUACCAGCACGUCGGCAUCACCACCGGAGAUGUCCCGUCAGUAACUGCAGGGUCUUCCCCAGGCCGAAUCACCUCUUCCAACUCCCAUCUUGCCCCUCCAACAUCUGUCCUCCGCGAAACAGAUAGAGUAACUCUGUACACCAACAUAACAUCCAGCGUCCCUUUACCACAGCGGCCCGAGUCACGUUCAUACGAUGAGAGUCCUGGCGCUUCAAGUUUUCUCGGACGAUCAGAAUAUCUAGGCGGCGAAGUCCCCAUCAAUGAAAACCGGGCAAAAUCGUACCCCGCAGUCGCGUCAGAGAGUUUGACGGAAGAGGAUAUUCGUAUUUUGCAGCUACAGCACGCCUUCGACUUAUCACCACGGGCUGUUAGAGAAGGUCUGAUAGACGCGUUCAUGAAGCGUUGUGCGCCAUGGAUGCCUAUCGUUGAACGAAGCUGGCUGGCUGAGGGCCACGGAAACCAAUCGUCAUUACUGCUCCUCCAAGCGGUAUUCCUUGCAGGUAGCAGAGUGUCAUCGGCUCCAGCAGUAGCUGCCUAUGCAUCACCAAACGAAUUCUACCGUCGGGCUAAAGCCUUGUUCUGGUCAGGUUAUGAAAAGAACCCGGUUACUAUGAUUACUGCGGUGCUUGUAAUGCAUUGGUAUAACCCUGAGGGGCCGGAGCAUAUUUCUCUUAAUACCAGUGGUUUUUGGAACCGCAUUGGAGUUGGCCUGGCGUUUCAGAUCGGGUUGCAUAAAGAACCACCACCAGGACGAAAUGCGGCGCUUCGUCGACGAUUGUGGUGGACUUUAUAUCAAGUCAUGGGCGGCCUCGCGCCAUAA